AUGUGCUACUACAGAGGAUAUUAUGGAGGCCUGGGCUAUGGCUAUGGCUGUGGCUAUGGCUGUGGCUAUGGCUGUGGCUGUGGCUGUGGCUAUGGUAGCUAUGGUUAUGGCUGCUGCCGCCCACUGUGCUGUAGAAGAUACUGGUCUUAUGGCUUCUACUGA